GCCGCCCGCCGCCCCGGCCCGCCGCGCGCGCUCCAUGGCUGCUCAAGAGUGGGACUGGUUCCAGCGGGAGGAGCUCAUCGGCCAGAUCAGCGACAUCCGUGUGCAGAACCUGCAAGUCGAGAGGGAAAAUGUGCAGAAGAGGACUUUCACAAGAUGGAUAAACCUACACCUCGAAAAGUGCGACCCGCCUCUAGAAGUUACAGACCUGUUUGUUGAUAUCCAAGAUGGCAAAAUCCUAAUGGCAUUGUUAGAAGUCCUCUCUGGGCGAAAUCUGCUGCACGAAUACAAAUCCUCAUCACACCGUAUUUUUCGCUUGAACAACAUAGCAAAAGCACUUAAGUUUCUGGAAGAUAGCAACGUCAAGCUGGUUAGCAUCGAUGCAGCAGAGAUAGCGGACGGCAACCCCUCACUGGUCCUCGGCCUGAUUUGGAACAUCAUCCUCUUCUUCCAGAUAAAGGAGCUCACGGGCAACCUCAGCAGGAGUUCUCCAUCUUCCAGCUUGUCACCUGGCUCGGGGGGCACAGACUCCGACUCCUCCUACCCACCCACGCCUACCACAGAAAGGAGUGUAGCGGUAUCAGUGAAAGACCAGAGGAAGGCCAUCAAGACGUUGCUGGCGUGGGUGCAGAGGAAAACGAGGAAGUAUGGCGUGGCAGUCCAAGACUUUGCAGGCAGCUGGAGGAGCGGGCUGGCUUUCCUGGCUGUCAUCAAAGCUAUCGAUCCUAGCCUAGUGGACAUGAAGCAGGCUCUGGAAGAUUCUACCCGGGAGAAUCUAGAGAAGGCCUUCAGCAUUGCACAUGAUAUUUUGCACAUCCCCAGGCUUCUGGAGCCAGAAGAUAUCAUGGUUGACAUGCCUGACGAGCAGUCCAUUGUGACGUAUGUGGCCCAGUUCCUAGAGCGCUUUCCGGAGUUGGAGCCUGAAGAGUUUGUGAAUCCAGACAAAGAAGCCCCCAUCGAAUCCACCUUUGUCCGAAUCAAAGAGAGCCCUUCUGAACAGGAGAGCCGAGUCCUCCUCCUCAGCGAGAACGGGGAGCGGGCGUACACUGUCAGCCACGAGAGCAGCCACCCGCCACCUGCCAAGGUCUUCGUCUGUGACCAGCCUGAGAGCGUGAAGGGCUUCACUCUGGGUAGUGUGCCCAGCCACAGACUCUCAGACAGCUCCACAGAGUUUAUGCACCAGAUUAUCGACCAAGUCCUCCAAGAUUGCCCAGGGAAGACCGGAUCCACCAAUGAACCAUCUCCAGAAUCUUCCAUUUUAUCAACCAGAAAGGAUGGCCGGAGGUCCAACUCUUUGCCAAUCAAGAAAACCGUCCACUUUGAGGCCGACUUGCACAAGGAUGCCUCGUGUAGCAAGGACUCUUUCUACAGCUCAGACUUCCACUUUGAGGAGAACGCGAGGGUGGCAAAGGAACUAACGAAACAGGAUGGCCAUGUCUCAUUGGUUGAGGUUGCCAAGGAAAAGAAGCCAGAACAGGAAGCCAGGCUAGUGCUGGAAGCUGCCUCAGACAAGGUCCCUGCACACAUUGUUGGCGUGGACAGUAUGGUCCAUGAUGCUCAACCUCCCCAGGACUCCUCGUUCUGUAAUGGCAGUGUAGAGAGUCCUGCCAGCCAAGCUGAGACAAGCCCUUCUUCCGCAUCCCCUGGAGACCACACCAUCCUGGCCAACUCCACUGAGCUCAAGGUCCAACUGCUGACUGCUGAGCCUAUGGGCAAAGAUGACUAUUUUGAAGGCACCCCGCUAAAGGCUUCAAAGUUCAACAGAGACCUAGCCGACUUUGCCUCUACCAGCCAGGCUUUUGCUAAGGGUCCGUCACCCCACGAGAAGACACCUGGGGAGGAAGAGGGUUUGGAGAAUCAUGCUGAGACACUGGGGAAAAGGAAAUCCAAGUCUCCCCAUGCAGAGACAGAGUCCCCUGACUCCGAAGUGGAGCCCGACAAGCUCGAGCCUGCUCCCACGGACCCCGAACAGGAAGACCGCGGUCCUGCUUUGCCCCCAGAAGAAACACCUGUGGAUAAAAAGCCCGAAGUGUAUGAAAAGGCCAAAAGAAAAUCCUCCCGGCACCAUAGUGAGGAGGAAGGGGAGACAGAAGGCGGCCUCUCCAUGGUUGGUGGAGAAGUGCCGUCCAACCCUCCGAGUACCAGUGUCAGCCUGGAAACCCUCAGGAGUCACAGUGAAGAAGGCUUGGAUUUCAAGCCUUCUCCGCCUCUCUCGAAGAUCUCAGUCAUCCCCCACGACCUGUUUUACUACCCGCACUACGAAGUGCCUCUCGCCGCGGUGCUGGAGGCUUACGUAGAAGGUGGGGAGGACUUGAAAAGUGAAGAUGUGGACUUAGAGGGGCCAGAGGGGAGCUAUCUGCCAGACUCCAGGGAGGAGGAGGAGGAGGAGGCCCACAGCUCCCAAAGCAGCUGCAGUUUCUCCUCGCCUGUUGACAACGGCCACCCCAGCUUCAGUGACCAGGUGUCCCAUGUUGAUGGAAACUCUGAGGGACCCACAUCUGCCUCAGGACCUGGUUCUCCACCCUCCCAUGAGGACCACCAGCCAAUGGAAACCAAAGAGAAUGGCCCUGUGGAAAGCCAGCAGUCCCAAGAACCCCCAAACCCGGAACUCCCCAAAAAACCAUUAGAAGAAAAGUUAAUGGAAGCCUCAACUAGCAGUAAAAAGAAAGAAAAAAGGAAACAUGUGGACCAAGUAGAAAACUCAUUAUUUAUAGCCCCUGGGACUGUCCGAUCCUCAGAUGACCUUGAAGAAAACCCCUGUGAACACAAGGUCCCUUCCAGGAAUAGUCACAGUGACUCCAGCAUUUACAUUCGGCGACACACUAAUAGGUCUUUGGAAUUGGACCAUUUUAGCUAUGUUCAAUUGAGGAAUGCAGCCGAUCUGGAUGACAGGAGAAACAGAGUGCUAAACAGGUACAAUUCUCAGAAGCUCACUGAGCUGGUUUUACAGUUUUACGGCAUCAGAGCAGACAUGAAGCGGGAAUACAAACAUGCCAGGCUCACCAUGACUGGCACCAACUCCUCUGGAGAAGCUGUGCCCCUGGGGAGCCCGAGCUCACCUAGCGACUCCCUGACGCAGUUUGUACAGCAGCCCGACGUGAUCUAUUUCAUUCUCUUCCUCUGGCUCCUGGUUUACUGCUUGCUGCUCUUCCCCCAGCUUGAUGUCAGCCGGCUCUGAAACAUGUAUCUGGAGAAUAAAAAGACAGGACCCUGGA